AUGAGUUCACCAAAGAAGUCACCCGAAGCUAAGGCAGCAGAAUGGAAGAUGUCAGCCGGGCGCAGUGCCCAGGCCGUCGAGGAAUUGGAAAAAAGUGAUGAACGACAAUUAGCGCGAACGGGGAAGAAGCAGGUCCUCAAGCGCCGAUUCGGGUUCGUAUCUAUGCUCGGCAUGUCCACCACCCUGAUGCUCACAUGGGAAGGCGAGCUUCUGUACUUCUCUUCGGGACUGCUAAACGGAGGCCCCGCCGGCCUGGUAUACUCGUAUCUCCUUUCCUGGGCCGGGGUUUUGGCCGUAAUGUCCUGUCUCGCGGAACUCUCCUCCAUGGCGCCCACAGCCGCGGGCCAAUACUACUGGGUCUCUAUCCUAGCCCCAAAGCCCUUCUCCCGCAUCGCUAGCUAUGUUACUGGUUGGCUGUCCGUCGCAGUGUGGCAAGGGGUAGUAACGAUGACCGGGUAUCUCUGCGGAACGCUCAUCCAGGGACUUAUCGUGCUGCAUAAUUUGAAUCCCGCUGCAGCCAGCGAUCCCACCCAGGCACCAGCAUUCUACGAACCCAAGGGAUGGCAGGCGACGUUGCUGCUCUGGGGCGCCGUGCUGUUGAGUUUGUGCGUGAACACGGUGCUUGCGAAACAUCUUCCCAAAAUCGAGGGUUUUAUCUUGUACAUCCACUUGUUCGGCUUCUUCGCAAUUCUAGUCCCUCUCCUCUACCUCAGCGAGCGCGUCCCAGCGCGAGUUGUCUUCACCGCCUUCUCCAACGGCGGGCAAUGGCCAUCUACCGGCAUCGCGUUUCUGGUCGGAAUGAUCACGAACGUAGGCUCCUUGCUCGGUUCCGACGGCGCAGUCCACCUCUCGGAGGAAAUCCAUAGUGCCUCCCGGAUCGUGCCCUGGAGCAUCCUUAUCACGCUCCUCCUUAACGGCACUCUUGGCCUCGGGAUGCUUCUUACCGUUCUCCUCUGCUUGACAUCCCCUGACGCCGCCCUUGCGUCUCCAACAAAGUAUCCAUUCAUCCAGAUAUUUUACGAUGCCACAAAGAGCACGACCGGAACGACACUGAUGACGGUGUUGAUCUUGUUGCUCGUGUUUGCGGCCAUGUUUGGACAGUUUGCGAGUGCGAGUCGACAGCUGUGGAGUUUUGCUAGGGAUUUCGGUGUGCCAUUUUCUUCUCGCCUUCAAUAUAUAUCCCCACACUCCCGCCUCCCCCUAAACGCCAUCUACACAACCCUCACCAUCCCCCUCCUCCUCGGGCUCAUAAUCUCUGGCUCCAGCAUCGCCCUCCUAAACCUCCUCUCCUUUGUAACAUCUGCCUGGCUCCUCGCCGCUUUCCUCCCCCUCUCUCUACUCCUCUGGCGCCGAACCACAGGCUUGAUCACCCUUCCCCAACUGAUCAACCACGUGUCAACAUCCUCGCCCGCCGACUCGCCCUCCGCCCCACUCGAGCCGUUGCAGAACUCCCACGAGGUGCUGGAGUGGGGACCUUGGCGGAUACCGGAGCCACUGGGCACGGUUGUGAAUGUCUUUGGAUUGUGCUGGAUUUUGGUGGCGAUGUUUUUCAGCUUCUGGCCUCCGUUCAAGAAUGUGACGGUUCAGAACAUGAAUUAUAGUGCUUUGAUGACGGGAUUUUGGGUGAUUUUUGGCUUGAUUUGGUUUGCAGUUUGGGGAAGGAGGACGUAUAAGGGACCGGUUGUAGAGGUUAAAUAA